AUGCCCACUCCGCUGGAUAGAGCGUUACAUUCCAAGAAUCUUUUUAUCGGGUUUGCGGGACUCGUAACAGCUGUUGCUGCUUGGGGGAUAUGGGGUGGCGAUAUGUUUCCUGCGGAACCAGAUCCAACUGGAAACCCCGAAGAGUGGACCGCUGAAGAUAUGAGGAGAUGGCUCAGACGUAGAGGCCUCAUGCCAAGUGAGAGCGCCAGUCGCGAAGAAUUGCUAGAGCGCGUAAAGGCGAACAUGCGUCCAGGAAGGUCGUAA